ACAAUUUCAUAACAAAACGUCACGUCCUCUGACCGCUGCUAAAGGUGAUCCCCUUCAGGACUUGGCAUCAAUGUUACGCUUGAUCGCAACAUCCCUGUGCCUCCGGUGCCAACGUGUCACAACUUUACCUUUUCACAUCAGAACAUGUGCAACACUGAGCUCAGCAGAGAACCAGCAGACUGUGGAGGCUCUGUAUGAUCUCUCUGUGGACAUCCAGAAGGUCCGGAAGCUUAAUGGCUGGGUCCUGCAUCAGAGCCCAGCCUAUACUAAAGAGGUAGCUGACCUGCUGAAGGACAUGGGAGCCUCGGGCUCCAUCAUUGCCCAGAUCCUAUCAGUUCACCCUGAGGCGGUCCUCUGUCCUCCAGAGCAGAUGCAGGCUCAGAGGGAACUGUGGAUGUCUGUGUGCUCAAAACAGAAAGACCUGGUUGGUAUUAUUGAGAAAUUCCCAGCCUCUUUCUUUACCUCAUCCAGCCACCAUGACAACCAGCGGAACAACAUUGCUUACUUCCAGAGCUUAAACCUCAACAAGCGCAUCAUCACUAAGCUCAUGGCCAGCGCUCCCCAGAGCUUCAGCCGGCCAGUAGAGCAGAACGAGAUGAUGGUGCGCACCCUUCAGCAGGCAUACCUUGAGCUUGGGGGGGAGGAGGCCAACAUGAAGAUCUGGCUCCAGAAGCUGCUGAGUCAGAACCCAUAUGUUCUCCUUAAGCCUCCAGAGGUGCUGAGGCAGAACCUGCUGUUCCUGAGAGACAAGGGCUUCAGCACGGUUGAGCUCCUCCACCUUCUCUCCAAACUCAGGGGCUUUGUCACAGAGCUGAACCCAGACAGCAUGCGUCACACUUUGGCGUACUCUCAGGACACUAUUGGCUGCACCGAGGCAGAGCUGAGGGACAUCAUUCUCGACUGCCCGGCUCUGCUUUACUACCCUGAUGUUAUUCUGGCUGAGCGCUUUAAGGGCCUCCUCAGUGCUGGGAUCAGCAUGUCUCAAAUCAUAGCGACUCCGACUGUUUUGGAGCUGACCACGCAGAUAGUGAACUAUCGCAUCCAGAGACUGAAGAUGCACAGUUAUGACGUAAGGACUGGUAGUCUGGAGGCCCUAAAUGGCACUAAGAAGGACUUUGAGAUAAGCUGCGGAAAACUAAAGCUACGCAGAGAGAGACCACUUUUUAACCCUGUCGCUCCAUUAAAAGGAGAUGACUGACAAAGAAGGCUUUGAGUACUAAUGCAAGUAAAUUAAAGCUGUAACUGGAUGUGUACUGAAUAUUUAUUUAUACUGUAUAUUAUUUCAGUGUCAGAUUAA